GGUAAUGAAUAUUGGCCGCCAUUUUUGGCUUUUGUGAACACGCAACUAGAUAGUUCUUCUGAAACAUGGCUGAUUAUCGGUCUUCUGUUGUAGUAAAAUUUUGCGUAAGGAAAUAUUAAGGAGACAUUUCAGAUUUGUAUAAAAGUGUUAUAAACAACUAAAAAUGACGUCGAUUCAUUUCGUUGUACAUCCAUUACCAGGCACGGAUGAACAGCUAAAUGAUAGACUUAAGGAAGUGGCGGAGAAAAUUAAUAGAUAUGGAUUUGUAACACCACCAGCAUUUAGUGGACUUAAAGCAUCUGUAAGACGCAUUGUAGUUGGUCCAUCUCACAUUGCGCUUCUUAUGGAUGACAACAGAAUCUGUCGAGUUGCAUUCACUGUACUCUCCGAUAGACUGGAUUUAAGCAAAAAUGAACCUAACAGAAACACUAAUAAAAGCCACGUUGGAAAUUCAAAUUCAACACCAAGUGGAAGUGGUACAGGAGGUGGCGGAAGUCGUACCAAUAUAUCACGAUCAAGAGCAAGAAUAAUGCGUAGUAGUUCAGCAAUACGAGGAGGUGGUGGUGGCGGAAGUGGAAGUGGCGGUAAUAGUAGAAUUGGUCCUCCAGGUGUAAUAAUGGGAGGCGGUAGUAGCGGGAGUUCACGACCUAUUGUAUCAGUGCCGGCUCAAUUUGUUCCGGAAGAUCUUAUUUCUCAAGCUCAAGUGGUUUUACAAGGAAAAAGUCGAAAUCUUAUAAUACGAGAAUUACAACGUACCAAUCUAGAUGUUAAUUUAGCAGUAAAUAACCUUUUGUCACGUGAUGAUGAAGAGGGUGACGACGCUGAAGAUGCAGCUGACAGUUAUGUACCGGAUGAUCUUAUAUCAUUAUUAGAUGGUGGAUUCAGCAAUGAUCAAUCAUCUGUUAUAAUUGAUGCAGAAGCAAUGUUCUCGGAAGAUAUGUUUAGCUAUGGUGUAGUGCGUAAUCGUGGAAAUUCAUCACGAAGAUUGGGUAUUGACCGUGAAGGUGAACGAUCAACAGAACGUGAUCGCGAUCGUGAUAGUUUUAGCCGAUGGCGUGAUCGUCAAUAUUAUGGACCACGUAGAUGGUUAGAAACAGCACUAAAGGAUUGUUGGGAAAAAGAUCCAGAAAAUAAGAAAAAAGAACUUGCAUCACAAAGUCCUUUAUGGAUAUCGGAAGAACUUGAGUGGUGGCAUGAGAGAAGUGGUGAGCCGGCUCCGCGAUUUGUGCAAAUUGCUGCUCUUUAUAGUGAACUCAUCGCUAUUUCAACAACGGGACAACUUUAUCAAUGGAGAUGGGCUGAUUCAGAGCCUUACAGAAAUGUGGAUAAUCCAAAUAUUCAUCAUCCAAAAACAAUCCCAUUAGCUCUAGUGGGUGAAAAAAUAGUUAAUAUUUCAGCUACUGCCAUUCGUUGUACAGUAAGUACAGAAAGUGGUAAAGUUGCCACUUGGCUUGAUGAACUUUUAAGUCAUGUUGCAUCGCGUCUUGAGCAUCCAGCUCAAGCUUUUACUGAAUUUACACUUGAUAAAAUAGUAUCACUUCACACGUGCGCACUUUAUACAGUUGCCAAGCUCGAGAGUGGGACUCUUUAUUGGUGGGGAGUAUUACCAUUUGCACAAAGAAAAAAAUUAUGGGAAAAAUACAAAGCAAAAUCACGCAAACACCGACCAUUGGCUGUUGUCCCAUCUGAUAUCAGUUAUGGUACUCAUGUGUGUAUGAAAAAUAGUCCAAUUUAUCAACCAGGAGCGAUUGGAUUUACAAUAGCCAAUGGAGUACCAAAGGUAGGGCAAUUACUAAGUGCAGCAUGGAAUUUAGAUGCGGUAGGCCGUUUUAAGAUCUUACCGGCAGGAUCAUUACCAAAUGUGAAAAGUGAACCUAAUUGCAAUGGAAAUUCUAAUAAUACAAAUAAAAAUAGUUAUAAAGAAACAGCUGAUAGACUUGAUAUGCCACCACCACCAUCACCAGCUUCUAGUACUUGUAGUGAUACUGGUAGUAUUACUACAAGUCACAAACGUCAAAAACGAAUGGCACCAAGAAAUGAAUGUGAAACUGAGCGAAAAGAUGAAGAAGAGUGGCAACUUAAGGAUGUAGUAUUUGUUGAUGAUGUUAAAACUGUUCCUAUUGGAAAAGUUAUUAAAGUUGAUGGUUGCUAUGUAGCUGUGAAAUUCUUUUCAAAAGAUUUCAAGGAAAAAGAACGAGAAAGCAAAGAAAAAGAUUUUAGUACAGCUGAUUUUAAAGACUUGACAGCUGAAGAAUUAAUUAAAUUACUUACUGAUUGUAGAUUGUUGAGAAAAGAUGAACUUCAAGUUGUCAAAUCAUCUGUAAAUUCUAGAGCACCUGAUUGUUUCCAACGAACACCACGUAGAGUAAACAUUGCUGAUGGCACGAAUGAAAGUUUACUCACAGUAUCUACAGAUGGACAAGGUAUUCAUGCUAUUGUUAAGAAUGGUAAUAAAUUGAGUUAUGUUGUUUAUAAUUUGAGUACUGGUAGAUAUGUCCAAGAUUGCUUUUUACCAUCUGACAUAACAUCAUUUCUUGGAUUACAAUCACAAAAUAUAAGUCUUACUAGUGCUGGUGAAAAUACCGAAUGUUCAAUGAUUCUUCGUGAUGGAAACAACACAAUUUAUCCAAUAGCUAAAGAUUGCGCAGAAUCAAUACACGAUCCAAAUUGGUUAGAUCUUGUCCCAGUUGUUUGUAUUGGUGCAUCAACGAUUCCAAUUCUUAAUUGUCAAAAUUCAACUAAUUUAAAAAAUCAAGUUGCUGUAAUCGCAUUAGUAUUUGAUAAUCUUAUUUUAAUGCCACGUAUUCUUAGAUGUGAUUAUGAAGGAGUUAAGCAAGUUUUAAUGAGUCUUGAACAUGAUAGUAAAAGUAAUAACAUACAAAUUCAGUCAAUUUUACAAGAACGUUGUGAUGGCAAUCGUCAUAUUUUUCAUGCCUGCGUAAAUAUGUGUGCUCCUACAUCAAAUAAAGAUAAUGAACAAAGUGUAGAACGUGAAUUAGUGACAUGUACGGUGGAUGGAAAUUCAACACCAAUUGAAGAGCCAAUUCCACCACUUAGUUGGCCACCAGAGCUUGAUAAUACAUCAGGUGAAGAAGAUAGUCUUUUAAGUAUUGGAGCAGCAAGUAUUUCAAUGAUGAAUAAAACUGGAGCUGGAUCUAAUCCUAGUAAUAAUAAUACUUAUAUAACUGACUCAUCCGAACGUAGAAACAAUGCACUUUUAAUACUUAAAUAUAUGUGUGAAAGUACUGUACUUGCUCCACAUCUCAAAGAAUUACUGAUGGCAAAAGAUGCUCAAGGACAAACACCAUUAAUGUUAGCCGUAUCAGUGCGUGCUUAUCAUGCAGCUUUAAUUCUUUUAGAUACUAUUCAACGUAUUGAAAAGGAUCCUAAAGCAUACUCAAGCAUGAUUCUACCACCUGACGUGAGUCCUGAUUUAUCACCACUUUUUGUUACCUGCUGUAAUGACACGUGCAGCUUUACCUGGACUGGCGAAGAUCAUAUUAAUCAAGAUAUUUUUGAAUGCCGUACCUGUGGACUAACUGGAUCUCUCUGCUGUUGCACUGAAUGUGCUCGUGUUUGUCAUCGUGGACAUGACUGCAAAUUAAAGAAAACAUCACCAACAGCUUAUUGUGAUUGUUGGGAAAAAUGCAAGUGUCGUGCCUUGAUAGCUGGACAUCAAGGUGCACGUUAUGAUUUACUUUGUCGACUUGUUACUAAUACUGAUUUAGCAACUAAAAUAAAUUCACGUGGUGAAUGUAUAUUACUCUUUUUGGUGCAAACCGUUGGACGACAGUCUGUUGAACAACGACAAUUCCGUUCAGCUCCAAGACAACGCUCUGCAUCAGCAAGUCGUAAAACUCCAUCAUCGGAUGGGCUUGGUACUGAAUCAAAUAUGCCCGAUCAUGAUUUAGAGCCACCUCGAUUUUGUCGAAGAGCAUUCGAACGAUUACUUAAUGAUUGGCCGGCAGUACAAUGUAUGAUAAUGACUGGAGUUAAUGAGAAUGUGAAUGAUCAAUUAUUUAGUGAUAUCGCACAAUCAGCACGUCAAAAUGGUACUGCUCUACUGGAUAAAUUUACCCAUACAUUAUUGGUCAAGUGUACAUCAGAAAUGUUAGAUACAUUAUUAACCACACUUAUCAGAGAAUUGGAAAAUGAAACAAUACCAGGACGUCAAGAAGAAGCUAAUUUAGUUGCGCGACGAUUUGUACGAUCAGUUGCACGAAUAUUUGUAAUAUUUACAAUUGAAAUGGCACCUAAUACUGCUAAAAAUCGAAGAAAUGUUAGUCAAGCUACUCCACCUUUGAUGAAAUGUCGUCGUGUAUUUAGAGCAUUGAUAAAACUUGCUGUUGAAGAACUCUGUGAAACUGCUGAUUCUUUAAUUGUUCCUGUAAGAUUGGGUGUUGCUAGACCAACUGCUCCAUUUACAUUAACUAGUUCAACAAUGGAAGUUAUUAAUGGAUCUGAAGAAUUAUUUUCAAUUGAUCCAUUGAUUCCUCAUAGUGGAGUUAAUGUACAAUCAUUAGAUGCAACACUUCAACAACCACAAGGUAAUAAUAAUAUAACCAUUUCUCGAGAUGCUACAGCAAUGGAUGAAACUGAGAAUGGUGAAGAAGUGCCCAUGGAUUUAGAUGGUGAUAUUAGUGAACAUGAAGAUUCUGGAUUACCAGGAAUACCAGGUGUUCCACCUAAUCAACCCUUGAGUGAGGCAGGAAGUAAUGCAGGUGGUGUAGGUGAAGAGCAAGCAGGAGAUGGUGAAUCUGAUACUGAACUUGACUUAUUGGCUGAAGCUGAAACUGAAUCAGAUUCUGAUGAUAAUCACAGUAAUCAAGAUACUGCGUCAGCUCAAAGAAGUGUCCAAACUGGUGCUACUGCUGGAUCUGAUGGUGGUAUGGGUUCUAUUGUGCUAUUUCCUGAAGAUGAAUCUGGAGAAUCAAGUCAACAAGAGGAUGAUGAGAGUGAAGCAGGUGAAACUGAUGAACAAGAUACGGAAGAAUUUCAAAUAGGCGAUGAACAUUUAGAACGUAGAAGCGGUUCAACUGGAAAUUUACCACGCAAUAAUCUCGCUCCAAUGUCAAUGCAAUGGGCUAUAAGAAAUAAUCGCGAAACAAAUACAAGAACGACAGGAUCUAGAGUCAGUGGCGGUGGUGGUGGUAGUAACAUGAUAUUUAUUGACCCUUCAUCACUUAGACGAUCUACGACGACCUCUGCGGUAGCUGCACCACAAGAGCCUAUUACAAUGGGAACAACGGCAAGUUGUUUAGCACGUGCUUUUGGUAUUGUCAUCCGAAUGAUUGCCGAUUUACUAACGAUUGUUCCUAAUUAUAAAAACAAUGCACCAGCUUUGCCACGGUUGAUGGAUGUCACAAAUCAAGAUGCUAUUCAUCUACAGAUGUAUCUUGAGGGCCAUUUGAAACCAACUUGGGACUGGUUACUGGUGGUGAUGGAUGCAACUGAAGCUCAACUACGAUUUGGUGUUUCUUUAACACGAAGUGCUGAUCCAACUCAUCCUGAACAUCCUCUUAAUAAUGCGCCCUCACUUGCAGGCGGUAAUUUUACAGGACUAUUAAAUUCCGCAGCCCUUUCAUUAACCUUACAGGGUAGUGUAGGUCGGAAUCAACGCGGUGGUAUUGCUGCUAAUUCUAAUCCUCAACCAACACAAGGUUCAAUGCGAGUCACCGUUGGUUUUACAGGAGUCGGUGAAGCGCCAAGAGGCAGCCGAGAACGCGAAGGUGGUGAUGCACAUUGGGCAAGGCGAGAAUUUCUGUCAUACUGCUUAUCAUUGAUGCGAGCUCAUAAUGGAGAACACAGAGAUAGCCUUCCAGUACUUGAUGUAUCAGCUUUGCGACACGUGGCUUACGUUUUUGAUGCUCUGGCUUACUAUAUGCGAUCAUUACAUGAACCUCUUGGCGCUCGUGGAGACAAUCAAAAAGAAUCCAAUAUUUAUCCGUCUUGGAAUGAUCAGGAUGAGAAUGAUAAUGAUGAAGGUGAUGAAGAUAUUUUACCAGCCGCACCAGCAAUGGAAACAGAUUCAGUCGACUAUCCAGAUUUACUUCAAGUUCCAGUCUGUAGUUCUGGACAUACUAAUGUUACAAUUGGGAAAGGCCGAAAACAUCCUUUCUUACAGAGAUCAGAUUCUACACUUUGUCUUGGAUGUCCACCAUUAGAUCCUUUUGACACAAAUAUUAGUGAAGCAUUACCUUUAGCUGAUCAACCGCAUUUAUUACAGCCACAUUCUAGACGAGAAGAUCUUUUUGGAGUACCACGACAAUCAAAUAACUCAGGAGUAAAUCAAAAUCCAUUUGAAGGAUUACCAACAAAACUUGGUUUAUCAGCACGUAGCGCUGAUAGAACAGGAUCAUCAGUUACUCCUACUUUUAGUCAGGUAAUUCAAGUUCCCAGUGGAGUUAAUAACAACAGCAGUAGUAAUAGUAACAACAGCAACAACAUCAGUAUUACCACCAUUACCAUAAACAACACUAAUGCUAAUGUCAGUAACGUAAAUAAUUCUUCAAUGCCUAUGGAAAUUAGACGUAGUUCGAUGUUAUCAAAUGAACCAGGAAGUAGCAAACAAGUAGAAAAAACGAAAAUAUUCAAUCAAGCAAAUGAUAAUCAAGCUCAUAUGGUUACUGAACAAAUUGAUAGAGCACCAAUUAUUGUGUCACCCAAUAGUCAGACUGAUAAUGGAAAUGUUAAAGCAAAAGAAGUUUGUAAAACGGGUAGAAGUGUUAUAGUUAGAGCUGGAACAGUGUCAGAUAAUAAAGUUAAUGUGUCUGAAGUGUUAGUAAUACCAACUGUUGAAGCCCAAAAUAGUGUCGAAGAUGUUGAUCCAACGGUAACUAGUCAAGAAAUAUCAGCACACGAAACAGUUGAAACAAGUCCAGUUGAAUCAGCUCGGGCUGUAUCAACUAUUGGAACAAAUAUUUCACAUAAUAUUCUAUUAGGCCGCUGGAGAUUAUCAUUGGAUCUAUUUGGACGUGUAUUUAUGGAAGAUGUGGGACUUGAAGCUGGAUCAGUUGUUUCUGAACUUGGUGGUUUCCAAGUUAAAGAAUCAAAGUUUCGUCGAGAUAUGGAAAAAUUGAGAAAUUCACAACAAAAAGACAUCACUUUAUUUAAAGUUGAACGUGAUAGAACGCAAUUAUUAGUUCAAACAAUGAAAGAAUUGAAUACACAAUACAAUUUGUACAAUAGACGGGCAUCAAAUACUCCACCAUUAGCCGUUAAUCGUGUCAAAGUUACUUUUAAAGAUGAACCAGGAGAAGGUUCUGGUGUUGCUAGAAGUUUCUAUACGGCAAUUGCUGAAGCCCUAUUAGCAAAUGACAAAUUGCCUAAUCUGGAAGCCGCACAAGUUGGAUCUAAAUAUUCACAAUAUAAUGUAUUGCAAAAAUUAAAAAGUCGAGAUAGAGAUCCUCAUUUACGAAGACAGAAUCCAAGGUCAUCUGGAAAAUAUAGAGAUACUCGUCGAGGACUAUCUUUUGAGGCUCGUUCUUUCCAUCCAACAUUCUCAACGGAAGGAGCUGGUGGUUCCAGUGCAGGAGGAUCAUCUUCAAGUGGCAAUUCUAUGCCAGUCGCUCAUGUGUAUAAUGAUCAUUUAACACAUCAUCAACAAAAUUUAGGAGAUCGAUUAUAUCCAAAAGUGCAUGCAUUAAGACCAACUUUAGCUGAAAAAAUAACUGGAAUGUUACUUGAAUUAUCACCAGCUCAAUUACUUAUGUUAUUAGCUUCAGAAGAAGCACUUCAACAAAAAGUCGAUGAAGCGUAUGAAUUAAUACAUAGCCACAAUCAAGAUUUAGCAAGCGAAGCUCUGCUUGAUCUUGAUGUAUUCAGUUUGACUGAACGUUGUGGUACUAAUAAAAAGAAAAUAGAUAAUAGCAUUUUAGAUGAUACAGAAGAUAAUGCUCCAUUAUUUUAUUGUCCGGGUAAACGUGGAUUUUAUUCACCAAGACAAGGAAGAGCAAGUUACGAACGGCUCAAUGCAUUCAGAAAUGUUGGCAGACUUAUAGGAUUAUGUCUACUGCAAAAUGAAUUGUGUCCGAUAUUUUUAAAUCGUCACGUUAUUAAAUAUAUAUUAUCAAGACCAAUACGUUUUCACGAUUUAGCAUUUUUUGAUUCUGUUAUCUACGAGAGUUUACGACAAUUGGUUGUCGAUGCCGAAACAAAAGAUAGCAACAGUUUAUUUUCAGCUUUGGAUCUUAACUUUAGUAUUGACCUAUGUCCUGAAGAAGGUGGUGGUUCUAUUGAUCUUGUGACUAAUGGUCGUGAUAUAGAAGUAACUGCCAGCAAUGUUUAUGAUUAUGUACGUCGAUACGCAGAAGUUCGUAUGAUUAAAGUACAGGAAAAAGCAUUAGAAGCUAUGAGAGAAGGUGUAUUUGAUGUACUUCCUGAAGGAGCCUUAGACGGUUUAACAUCUGAAGAUUUAAGAUUACUUCUUAAUGGAGUUGGAGACAUCAAUGUCUCAGUUCUUAUUUCAUAUACGUCAUUUAAUGAUGAAUCAGGAGAAUCAAUGGAGAGACUUGUAAAAUUCAAAAGAUGGUUGUGGUCAAUUGUUGAAAAAAUGUCUCAUGUAGAACGACAAGAUUUGGUUUACUUCUGGACAGGAUCACCAGCAUUACCAGCAAGUGAAGAUGGUUUCCAACCAAUGCCAACAGUUACAAUUCGACCAGCAGAUGAUGCUCAUCUACCAACAGCAAAUACAUGUAUCUCUCGCUUAUAUGUUCCACUGUACAGCUCUCGUCACGUGUUGCGUCACAAAUUAUUGCUUGCUAUAAAAACUAAAAAUUUUGGAUUUGUAUGAAGCAUUUUCAUGAUGAUCACAUGACUUUUCAAUGCCCAAGAUCACUCGCGUGGAUGACCCAAUACCAAUUUGAAUUAUUCAUAAUGAUAUUAAGGGAUAAAGUAAGAAGUUAUAUAUGUUGUUAUUUUUCUUUUUCUUUUUAAGAAGAUAAAAAAAAAAAUCUUGAAUAAAUCAAAUUAAAAAAAAAAAAAAAAUAAUAAUAAAAAAAUAUAAUAAACCAGAAAUUUAUAAAAUUUAUAAAUUUAUAAGGUGUAAUUAUGAAUUAUGUUUGCAAUUAUUAUGAAGUGGUCUUCAUUGUAAUAAGAUGUUUUAUGUUAAAGUGUCAUAUUUAGCCUCUAUAGUGACCCAAAUAAAAAAUUGUCAAAAAAAAAAAAAUAACUCUCAUGUGGUCACACGCGUGUGCUUUUGUAUUACUUUCGUCCGUUUUAGUUAUAGAAUAUUGUUAGAAUAUGUAUUUACAACUUUUACUAUCGGAUAUACAAGCGGAUGAUAUCGUUCGAAUAUCGCAAAUAGAAAAUAAAUGAACAUUAAUAAAUGAUCAAAA